AUGAUGAUGAGCACAUUUAUGUCGAUAAUGUUUUACGGCCAGUCUGCGAUAGAAAAUUCAAAAACGAAACUGCACAAGUGGUGUGCUCAAGCUUGGGCUUUCCGAAAGAACGCAGCUACAUUUCUUCGGAGAAACGGACGUCGAAGGAACGAGUUGUUUCCUCAUGAUAUCUUGAACUUUUUCGAAGCAUUGGUUCUUAGCUCGACAAAGCUUGAUUUUUCAAAGAGCCAAGAAACGUACCCAAUUCAUUUUGACUGCAAGGGUGAUGAAAAAAGCCUCGACGAAUGCGAAACUCAAAAAGCUCGGCCUUGCGAAUGCGAUUUGCUAGAGCAUACAACAGAUGUCUUCAUCGAAUGCGAAGGCCAGCGGGAGAAGAAGUUCAAGUACUCAUCUGCAAAACGACCUCCAGUGUUGUCUUUCAUGACUUCGGAAGAAUCCAUCAGCGAAGGAAAGCUUCAGUAA